AUUGCAUGAUGCUGACUGCUAGCAUUUCCACAACAUAUGAAAAUGAUAUGACAGCGUGCUGGUUGCAGUAAAGCCUGGCCUGCUGGAAUGAGGACAAAAUAACAAUUACAGUAGUUUCGCUGUAGCUUGGUUUGGAGAAGUUGCCAAAAUGGUGAAGGAACAGUUCAGAGAGACAGAUGUGGCCAAAAAAAUAAGCCACAUCUGCUUUGGCAUGAAAUCUGCUGAACAGAUGCGGAAGCAGGCCCACAUCCAGGUGGUCAGUAAGAAUCUGUACAGCCAAGACACCAAACACACUCCACUGGCCUAUGGAGUGUUGGACCACCGUAUGGGCACCAGUGAGAAAGACAGACCGUGUUUGACAUGUGGGAAGAAUCUGGCAGACUGCUUGGGACAUUAUGGCUACCUGGAUCUGGAGCUGCCAUGUUUUCAUGUCGGCUAUUUUAAAGCCAUCAUAGGAAUCUUACAGAUGAUCUGCAAGACAUGCUCGAGCAUAAUGCUGACAAAAGAGGACAAACUGCUGUUCAUGGAUAUGUUAAAAAGGCCCAACCUGGCCUAUCUCCAGAAACGAGGGUUGAAGAAGAAGAUCUCCGAUAAAUGCCGCAAAAAGACGAUCUGUAUGAGUUGUGCUGCUUUCAAUGGACCAGUGAAAAAGUGUGGCCUGCUAAAGAUCAUCCAUGAGAAGUACAAAACCAACAAGAAGGUGGUGGAUGUCUUUGUGACAGAUUUCCUGCAGUCCUUCGACACUGCCAUUGAGCACAACAAAGUGGUGGAACCUCUGCUGACCAGAGCACAGGAAAACCUGAACCCUCUGGUGGUGCUGAACAUGUUCAAGAGGAUCCCCCAAGAAGACAUUCCCUUGCUGCUGAUGAACCCUGAGGCAGGGAAACCCGCGGACCUCAUUCUCACCCGCCUCCUGGUGCCCCCCCUCUGCAUCCGGCCCUCUGUGGUCAGCGACCUGAAGUCCGGCACCAACGAGGACGACCUCACCAUGAAGCUCACAGAGAUAAUCUUCCUCAACGAUGUCAUCAAAAAGCACCGUAUGACAGGGGCGAAGACCCAGAUGAUCAUGGAGGACUGGGACUUCCUCCAGCUGCAGUGUGCGCUGUACAUCAACAGCGAGCUCUCGGGCAUCCCCCUCAACAUGGCACCGAAGAAAUGGACCCGAGGCUUUGUGCAGAGACUCAAGGGAAAGCAAGGUCGAUUCAGAGGAAACCUCUCGGGAAAAAGAGUGGACUUCUCUGGCAGAACCGUCAUUUCUCCAGACCCAAACCUGAGGAUAGAUGAGGUGGCCGUCCCCGUGCACGUGGCUAAAAUCCUGACAUACCCUGAGAAGGUGAACAAAGCCAAUCUGGAGCUAUUGAGGAAACUGGUCCGCAACGGGCCUGAAGUUCAUCCCGGAGCCAACUUCAUCCAGAAUCGUAGCACACAGAUGAAAAGGUUUUUAAAGUAUGGAAACCGUGAGAAGAUAGCUCAGGAGCUGAGGUUCGGAGACGUGGUGGAAAGACACAUGAUCGAUGGAGACAUCGUCCUCUUCAAUCGACAGCCCUCCCUGCACAAACUCAGCAUCAUGGCCCACAUCGCCAGAAUCAAACCUCACAGAACGUUUCGGUUCAACGAGUGCGUGUGCACCCCGUACAAUGCCGACUUUGACGGUGAUGAGAUGAACCUUCAUCUACCUCAGACUGAAGAAGCCAAAGCCGAGGCCCUCGUCCUGAUGGGGACGAAAGCUAAUUUUGUCACUCCAAGAAAUGGCGAACCUCUGAUUGCUGCUAUUCAGGACUUUCUGACAGGGGCCUACCUCUUGACGCUGAAGGACACCUUCUUUGAGAGAUCAAAGACCUGCCAGAUUGUGGCAUCGAUCCUCGUGGGGCAUGACGAGAAAGUAAAAAUCACUCUCCCCCGCCCUGCUAUCAUGAAGCCCAUGGCUCUGUGGACAGGCAAGCAGAUCUUCAGCCUCAUUCUGAAGCCCAAUAAGGAAUGUCCAGUGAAGGCCAACCUGCGGACCAGGGGCAAGCAGUACUGCGGCAAGGGGGAGGAUCUCUGUUACAACGACUCAUGUGAGUCAGAAUCUGCUCUUAGCAUUUCAAAUUAA